AUCUGCUUUAAUGCAAACCUGAAGGUUCAGUUCUUUCAGUUUCAGGAGGAAGGAGAUAUAGUAUAACCAAAGAAAAACUCUUACUAGUUACAGUAACUACUCUCUUUUCUGAACAACCUUUUUUUCUUUUGGUUUUCUACAAUGAAGAAGUUCAUCUUGUUAGUCUCAUUUCUGAUUCUAUCAACAAUCCUAAAUGAUCAUCAAGCCAGUGGCAUACGCUUGAUACAAAGAUCUUUGUCAUUAUCACCCAAAGAAGAUCAGAUUCAUCAUGUCCAUGAUGAGGAAAAUGAUUUGAAGAGAAGAAGUAAUGUGGGAAUGGAAGCUUCAAACACUGACCAUAUUUCAGAAGAAACAGGUUCAAAUAGAAAACUCAUGACAAAAACUUCCGCCCCAUCUAGCACAAGUACUACCACAACCUCAACCUCAAAGAAUGACAAGAAUGUUCACGAAGAAGGAAAUUAUAAAGGUGAACCAACAACAACAGUACUACAGAAAGGCAAUCAAUCAAGUAGGAGUAUUGAAAGAUCACUAGUUGGAAAAGAAGAAAAUUUCAACGUUAAUUCAUCCACAGUCCUGCCUGAUCACGAUCAUCAGCACUCGCAGCCUGAUCGGACUAAUGUCGACCCCGGUCACUAUCCCGACAUAUUAGACAUAGCCGGAAUGGACUAUUCCCCGGCAAAGAGAAAACCUCCUAUUCACAAUUAAGCAUGUCAUGUUAAUUUUGAUUUACGUAGUAUGCAUGAUUGUUUAGGGGGAGAUAUAUAGUCAUAGUAAUCUUUUUGUAAAUAACAUAUAUAGUAAUCCAUUUAGACAUAAUCAUUAAUUUCUUCUUUGAUAGGUUUUGCUACCAAGUAGUUGUGAUAGUUUGAUUAUUCACAUACUUAAAAAGUUUUGUUGUAGUUCUUAAUUCUUAAUUCUUAUGGGUAUUUCCUUUCUUUGAAGGGUCA